ACCACCACCACCACCUCCUCCUCCCGACACUAACUUAGCAAGUUCUGCGUAAAAUCUCUGUAACUAGUCCCACCGCGUACUACGGAAUUUUGUGGGCCUUCCCCUAGCAGCCAUGCUCUCCCCACUCAAGAACCUCCGUGCAUUCACCACACCAUUACGUGCACAUGCCGCUCACGCCCGCACACCGACCAACCUGCACCCCGCCCGGCUCGCCCGGUUAUUCUCCUCAAGUAGCAGGCGCAUGGGACCGCGCUAUGUCCGGUUUGGCGUCGACCCGGAGCAGCCUUUGAACGUCCAGCGGUGGGAUCCGCGCGCGAAGCUUGUUGUCGGGAUCGUCGUGGCCGGUGGUGUGUACUACGUCGUACACUUGGAGAAGGUGGAGGAGACGGGACGGUGGCGGUUCAUGGACGUGAGCCCCAAACUCGAGGCGAAGCUCGCCCAGGCCUCCCACGAAGCACUCGUCGCUGAAUACGGCCGGAAAGUGCUCCCGCCGAAUCAUCCCGUCACCCGGCACGUCCGGCGCGUUGUUGAGCGCAUCCUCGAGGCGUCCGACCUCGGCACCGUCGCCCCGUCAGAGCCCGCUCACGCUCACGCACUUCCCCCCAGCGACCCGGACGGCGGGCUGUGGACGCCUGCGCCAGUGGGCCAUCCGAGCGGCGUGCCUCCGACGGUGGGCGGGAAGCAGUGGAACCUGAUGGUGGUGAAUGAUGACAAGAUGGUCAACGCUGCGGCAACUUUUGGGGAUAUCAUCGUGUUCACGGGUAUCUUGCCUGUGGCUAAGGACGAAGAAGGGCUGGCAGCUGUCCUUGGGCAUGAGAUUGGUCAUGCAGUGCUGCGACAUAUGUCCGAACGCACAUCCUCCGCUAAGGUGCUCCUAGUACUCGCCAGCACUCUCGCGAUCCUGGGGCUUGAUUUCGGCUUGUCAAGGCUCAUCUCAGAGCUUGUAUAUGACUUGCCCAAUUCCCGUAUGCACGAACUGGAAGCGGACAAGGUCGGCCUGAAGCUCAUGGCAAGAGCGUGUUAUGAUCCACAAUCCGCGCCAGCGAUGUUCACGCGCCUCGCGAAGCUUGAGGGCCAGAGCGGCCAGCUCCUCCAGUUCAUGAGCACGCACCCGCCGACCAAACGGCGCAUCGAGGUCAGUCCCAUUGACGCACCGGUUUCUCAUCCUCGCCCGCGACCCCACAUCCCUCUGUUUGAUGUGUUCUCUCCCCGCAUAUUGCUCACCACAACGCACUCCCCGCUUUCUGACGCCGGCUAACGCGCUUUCACAGAAACUCGAGACGCUGCUCCCGGACGCGUACGCGAUCCGGGCGGCAAGCCCAGAGUGUGCGGGAUUAAGUGACAGCUUCUCCGCGUUCCGGGGUGUGUUCUCACACGGGGGCGGGAGGGGUGCCCCGGGGGGCGAGGCGGU